AUUUAACCCCCUCUUUACAUUGAGUUACCAGCACUGCAGCAGCCGUCGCUUGAGGAGGGCGAACCAAAUGAAAGAUUCUUGCAAUAGCUGAAACACCAUCGUCGUCAUCACCAUCAGUAACCAUGAAGCUGAUACAAAGCAUUUCUGGCCAGUGCCGUUCUUUUUCUCGCUUGAUGCUGCGGCCCAUUUCCCUCUCCGCAUCAUACUCAUCAGCGGCAUCUGCUUCGUCGUCAGACGUAUAUGCUAGGAGGAACUACGCCAAUAACGUCUCCGAAUACAACACCGUUCUUGGUUCUCUAAUCGCUCAGCGAAGGCAUUUCCUUCUGAGGGACGUGUAUGAUGACAUGCUGCUUGAUGGAGUUCAGCCGAUAAGAGACACUUUCCAUUCUCUGAUUAUCGGGUCGAUGAAAGGAAGCCGCCUCCAAGAUGCAUUCUUUUUCAGAGAAGAGAUGAAAGCUAUGGGACUUGUCCCUGAUGUUGCUUUAUACAACUUCUUGAUCUCAGCUUGUGGAAAAUGCAAGAAUUCUGACCCUGCAAUUCAUCUUUUGGAAGAAAUGAAAAGAAGUGGGGUGAAACUAAAUGGGCAAACCUACAUCUGUCUUCUAAAUGCCUGUGCUGCAACUGGUCGCAUAGAUCAAGUGUAUGCAAUUGUUCGUGAUAUGACUGCAGCUGGUCUUGGUUUAAACAAGUUUUGCUAUGCUGGACUUAUAGCUGCAUAUAAAAAUAAGCCACCUACAAAUACAUCAGAUGAUACAACUACAAAAAUCAUUGAGCUUGUCAAGCAGUCGAAAGGGUGGUCCUCUGUUGAAGCUUCAAGCGAUAUUGCAGAAAAUGUGAUGAUGGGCGUUUCUGAAGAAGAAUUGUACAAUAUCCCGACUGCGGAAUUUGUGAAUAGACGGGCAUUUCUCAACAGGCAAUUAACAGUUUAUCAUGUUGCUUUUCAUGCUUGUGCUGAAUUGAAGAGUACUGAGAUGCUGGAAACACUUCUGGAGAUGCUCAAGCAGGACGGAUAUUCUCAUGAUGUCUUCAUUGUGAUGCAAACAAUGAGGUGUUAUUUGCAUUGUGGAGACAUUGAUCGUGGCGUUAAAACUUUUGAGGACUAUUUGGGUUCAGGAAAACCACCUAUGGUGGAACUAUAUGUGACACUUAUUGAGGGCGCCAUGGUUGGAUAUACUCCCCAAGGGAUGCAAAUUGCUCAAGAUAUGCUGGAAAAAAUGAAUUCCAGAGGUUUCUUCUUGAAUGCGAAGAUGGGAAAUGAGCUUCUCCUUGCAGCCUCAGGAGAGAAGACGGGUGGAUAUACGACUGCCAAUUACAUAUGGGACCUAAUGCAAAGCCGCAACAUCAACCCUUCUCUUCCGGCUGUGGAUUCCUAUUAUAAGGGCUUAAAGCAACGUGAGAUUCCUUCUGAUGAUCCAAGGCUUUUAUUGGUUGCUCGGGCGUUGGACAAUCUUCGGACUAGAUUUGGAGGGGGAAGGCCUUCUUAAUGGAGGAAACACAUUAAUUCCAUUGCAUGAUAGAUGGUGCUCAUGAACUGGCUUCCUUGCUCUUCGGAGGGAAUCAUAAGGUCAUCCCGCUCUUAAAAGAAGCUUCUUCAAUUUGCAGCAUCCUGCUAUGUCCUACUUGCAUUUGCAUCUGCUGUAAUGAGAAAGUAGCAUAUAAUUUUCAGAAAAUGAAAUGUGAAUUUCCGUCAUAGUACUAUUUUAGUUUAGAUAAUUUUCUUUUUC